GUCCGGUUGACGCCGCGGUGAAGUCUCAUGGCAGAGCGGCGGCAGCGGCAGCCGCGGCGGACGGGCUUCAAACUGAGCGCGGCUGGGAAACUCGUCAGCACCGCUCGGCUCCCCUGCUCUCUCUGCGGCCUCUCCCCCCGGGGCCCCGCUGGAGCGGCACAGAAGUGAGCUCUCCGGCCCGGCGGAGCGUUGAAAGGACUAGUUGCGUUGUUCCGUUGCUACAACUUGAGUGAGUCCUCCAGCCGACCACACCCUCCCCGCUUCCUCAUAGUGCCGCCGCGGGAGCGCGCAGCGCCGCUUUGAAUCUCCGGGAAUAACGGCCACCUCGAACCCGCGACCCCCCGCGGGGACUGUUUCACGUGUCAGCCGGGAUGGGUGCGGGACGCCGGAGCCCGCGGAGGAUAUGCGGGGCCACGCGCUCUCCCGUCCCGAGUUAAGACGCGGCGGAGGUGGACCGACGGGCGGUGCGUAUGGAGUCCCGGGCACCGGAGCAACUGCUAGCGUCUGACCCGGGGCUGAGUCUGAAGAAGAAGCGCUUGAAGGCGGACUGAGCGGGGCUCGGAUUGGUUCCUGUUUUGUUUCGUUUUGUUUCUUUUGGUUUAACUUGGGAGGACUCAUGAAACGAUGGUGCUGGAGGGGAAGCCGGAUCUCCCCGCUGUCCCGAGCCGCCCGGGAGGAGCCCCGGCUGAACGCAGCAUGAGUCCGCCUGGCAGGUCGCUCUCAGCGGGAACUAACCGGACCAGGUCUCGGUGCUGUUUGAGGCUCUUCACUCACUCUGGCUCCAGUGGACACAAGAUGAUAUCCUGUUGAUCACAACCCCCCCUUUCCCCUAGAAAAGACUUUAAAGGCAUCUACUAAACAUGUUUUCAUAUAAGUGGUAUGAAAAGAGCCCAAGUAUAGACAUCUUCAAGUAGAACACAAGGCUGUGGAGCUGAAGUUUAUUUCUUUUUUUUUCUUCCAAUUGGGAAUGUUUUAUUUUUUCAGGUGUAUAAGGAGCUUGUGACAUUUUGUAAAAUAAUCUCAAUCUGCACUUUGCCGUUUUGAAGGCACCUUGGUGGCACUGCGGUUUGUGUGUGGCAUAUUAUUAUCUUAAAAUAAUCUCAGAAACCUGUGAAUUCUUCUGUUUCCCUCCCAGAAAACCUGGGACAACAUUGAGAAGAUUGACUUCAGGGCAUUUAAAUUAAAGUUCCCAGCAAAGAGCAUCCAGGUUACCACACUGACUGCUCAGGUGUUACAUUUUAGGAUUACUAACAACCCUCUGGGAAUAUGCCAGAUUAUAGACCUUUAUUGCAAUAUAAGUAAAUGCAGUAAUUUUUUGCGCUCGCCACUUGUUUACAUUGAGAAUUUCUGUCCUGUUUGUUAACAUGUAAUGCACAGUUGACCGCCUAUACUCUGAAGGAUUUUAAGGAAGACUGUUUGGCCAGUUUUUUUGUUUUGUUUUUUUGUAUUUAUGGGUUAAGACUAAUAGUGGAAAUGUCUUAAACAGUACAAUGCAGCAGCAGAAAAACAGAAAUCAGUGAAACCCUUGAGAAGCGUGGUUUGCCCCGCUCCCCCAGGACUGCCCCUCUUGAUUAUGGCUAGUGGCGGCUCUGGAAAGUCAGCCAGUGAGGGAUCAGCCAGCGCACCCAGUGGCAGUUUGCAGCAGAGGAAGCGGCUCUCCUCCGUCUGCGACACGUGUAAGGGCAAGAUGCAGCUGGUGGCCGACCUCCUCCUGCUGUCCAGCGAGACGCGGCCCGUCAUGACCUCCGAGGGCGUGGCGGUGGCCGACACCUUCGAGCAGUGCCGCGACACGGUCAUCGCCCGCACCAAGGAGCUCUCUAUCCUGACCCACGACAUCCAGAGCCAGCUCAACAUGGGCCGCUUCACCGAGGUGGGGGACCGCCUCCUGGAGAUGGCCGACCUGGUGGUGUCCCUGACGGAGUGCUCGGCGCACGCCGCCUACCUGGCGGCGGUGGAGACGCCGGGCUCCCAGCCCUGCCUGCCGGGCCUGGUGGACCGCUACAAGGUGACCCGCUGCCGACACGAAGUGGACCAGAGCUGCGGCGCGCUGCGGGUCACGCCCCUGCCAGACCUGACCCCCCAGCUCCUCCUGGAGCUGUCCCAGAACAUCUCCACCAACCUCAAGACUCUGACGGACAUCUCGUCGCUGGCCAGCGAGAGGUCCAGGGACCGCUUCGCCAAAGAGCAGUUCAAGCUGAGCGUGAAAAGCAUGAGCACGAGCGGCACGGCCUUCCUGGCAUGCGUCAAGGAGGUGAAGACGCAGCCCAGCGAGCUGACCCGGAACCGCUGCGUCCUGUUCAGCGCCGCCCUGGUCCAGGCCGUCAGCGCCCUGGUGGGCUUCGCCACCGAGCCGCAGUUCCUGGGCCGGGCCGCCAGCAUCUCCGCCGAAGGCAAGGGCGUCCAGACCGCGGUGCUGGGGGGCGCCAUGAGCGUGGUGUCCGCCUGCGUGCUCCUCACUCAGGGCCUCAGGGACGUGGCUCAGCACCCCGAGAGCAGCUCCAAGAUGGCCGACUACCGGGAGCGUCUGCGCAACUCGGCGUGCGCCGUGUCGGACGGCUGCACCCUGCUCACUCAGGCACUCAGAGAACGCUCCUCUCCAAGGACUCUGCCGCCAGUCAACUCUCAUUCUGUGAAUUAGUUUAGGAAGAGGCGCGGCGGCCUCCGAGCCGUGUCGCGGCGUACCAAAGAGAGGCCCGCUCGCCCGGGCUCUCCCUGCUCAUCAGGCGUGGAGCGGAAGGCCGCCGUGGCUCCGCUCGGCAGGUCCGGCGUCGCGCUGGAUGCGACCCGGAUCCCGCCGGGAACAGAGCGGCGCGGCGGUCCGUCGGCGCCCUCGCCGACCCCCUCUGCCACCGCCUGAAACGUUUACCUCAGUUUUCAGCCUCCAUGAUGGAUGUAGCCUCGCAGUGUGGUCGGCCGAGCUGCUCGAUUACACGUGCGUUGUGAGAUUGGAACGAGUGUUUUGAGUGUCCUGAUGCCUUUUAUUCUUCCAACAUGUGUGAAUUCUGAAUUGGUUAAAAAAAGUAAAAGAAAAAAAAGCUGCUGUGAGUGUGUGCCAUAGGUUUUACACUAUUUACCAGACUCCCCAUAGUAUUUUCAAGUGUUCUGACCAUGCAUGUAAUGGAGUAUUUAUUUCAACUAUUAAAAAAGUUGUUUCUGA